AUGGACAAUUCCGAUGCUUCUCUCACCAUUUAUAAUGACGAUUUAAGCACUUUUAUCAAAAAUUUAGCAAAACAAGAAGUAUCUUGCUUAGACUUAACAUCAGAAUUCAUAUUCUUAUCUUGCUCGAAUGGGACACUUGUAGUAGUUGAUAGAGAGACGUUUACAGUCACAGAACCUUUUUGCGGUUUACUUGGAGCCGUAUGUUGUACAGAUGUUAAGAAAUAUGAGGAUUAUAUGUAUAUAUCAAUGGGUUUUGAUUCCGGUGCUGUUAGUUACAUAUCUAUAGCUGUUAAAGAUGUUCGUAAAUUUUAUACUCACGUAGAACGAGAUUAUCAUAAACACUCCUCAAUUGUUGGCGUUUGCUGGUCUGAGGAUUGCUCCAAGCUUUUUUCUGUUGACAGUAGUGGUUUGACGGUUUCAUCGUCAAUUGAUUUCCAAAACAAUGCGUUUGAGCAUUCGUUUCACUCCAUGAGCGGUCAAACAGUUCAGCAUGUUAUUUAUCGCCCGGAGUUUCUUUUUUUUAUUCUGAUAAACGGAUGUUAUCAGUUUUUGACAGUUGAUACAGCGGAAAUAGUCCCCUUAGAUUUUUCAAUUGAGAAAUUCGAAAAUGUACUAUCGUGUAACGGUGUGGGAAGUAGCAUUUUGGUAAUUUGUAAGCGAGUCAUUUACUCGAUAGACUGUGAUGAGCACUUUAAAAGUUGGUCUUCUAGAGUAGUUAUGGCGUUAGAUGAAGAGUUAUGUUUCGCGAGUGUGAAUGAAAAUUUUAUUUGCCUGGUUUCACCAGAAGAGGUUCGUGUUCAUUCAGUUCAUGAUAUGAGCUUAGUAUACAGGUAUGAGUCUUCAGAAGUAGCUAGAGGAAAGCUAUGCAAAGUUGAUUUGGAUGGAAGUAUACUGUACAUUAUACUUUCCAAUAGAUUAUUCAGAGCAUCAUUGUUACCUUUGACGAAUGUAUUUUCUGAAACUACAGAUGACAAUGUGGAUAUUACGGCUAUGUUAGGAUCUCCUAGAAAAAUAGGGGCUAGUUUAUUGAAAACUGCUACAAACGUACUUAAUGUGGUAGCCUCUGCAAGUGAUAUUGAAGUAACCUCCGAAGUUCCGAAAUUCAUAGAAAAUGGAAUAAAUGCCAUCCGAACUUCGAAUAUCUCUUCCAUCGUUGCAGAAAAAGUUCAAAAUUUCGUUGACUCUCAGAGCGCUAAUGAUAUCGUUGAAGGAGUACCUUAUCGUCCACCAACGAAAACCAGUAAAAGCUUCGAGGAAUCUGCUUUCGACUGUACGAUCAAUGUCGAAAGAACAGUGAAAGCCAGAGGAUAUAAGCGAAGAGAAAGUGAGAGAAUGAAGUCUCCAGAUCGUGAAUGCCCGGAAGUAGACAUUGUACAUUCGGUGGAACAUAUUGAUGAACUCAUUCAUGGGUUGCGGAAACAUGUGCUAGGCCAUGAUCCCACCGAAUCGAGCCUUGUACCAAAAACAACUGGCUCUGUUUCGACUCAGAAUGAGGGAGAUGAUGUAUUCAACAAUUCAUUUGGAUCAGGUUUCCAAUCUCCUGCAGCAUUAUCCGUUUUUCAAGAAAAUGUUGAAUCAGAACCUUCAUCUGUCUCUGACAAGUUCAGUGCUUCAUUUGUUAGUUGUCUCACAGAUGUGAACAGUGCUAAACAUGACGAUGUGUCAUCCACUGUUGAGCAGAUUGUUGUUGAUCAUCCUAUCGAUCAUCCUGAACCGAAAGCGAAUGUUUCAGCAGUUUUCGACAUGCUGCUGAAUAUGGAACAGAACGAUGCUCUACCGGUGGAGAAUCGCGAAGAACGAAGCUACGAGCAAGCACGGGUAAACCAUAUCAAAAACUCUUUCGUUAUACCUGAAUCGUGCGAUUUGUGGAAGAAGGUCGCAACUCCUUAUAGCGUGACAUCCUUGGCUUCGUUCGAGUCCAAACUUUUGGUAUGUGGACGACGUCAAAAACCGAGGUACAUUGAAGCAGAUCAACUCGGUAUGAAUGAAGCUCAAUGGAACAAGUUGGAUUGGAGCUCUACGGAGUUAUCGUUCUCUAACCAGGGACUAGAUGUCAUACGGUUGAACAAUGGAUGUUGCUACCUAUCUGAAAACGGGUUAGCCAAAGUACCAUCCGAGGAAAUACCUGUAGUUGGAGGAAAUGUAUCGAAUGUAAUUUUACACAAUGAUAAUAUCUGGUACAACACGGAGGAGUUAGGACCAUGUGUUCUGCUGAAACAUGAAGAUCAUAGAUCUUUCUCGAGAUUGGUUUGCGAAUGGCCCCUUACUUCACUGACAGUUUCUAACUAUGCCAUAUGGGCUGUCAGGAAAGGGUUGGGGUCGUUGAUGGCUAGAGUUGGACUAACUAAAUGCCGAAUGGGAAGUGAUUGGGUUGAAAUAAUGCCAGAAGGAGUUAAAUCGAUCGUAUGUGCUUCACUUUUUGAUAUUUACGGUUUCAUUUUGGAUGAUGAAGGUAGACUCUGGAUGGCAACCGGUGUGGAUCAACAGCAUCCAUUCGGUCGUUGCUCUCGCUUCUUAGAGAUUCAAGUGCCUUGGGUUACCGGAUGCAGCAAAACAAAAUAUUCCGAGUACAAGCUCAUAGCAACUUCCUUAGGAAUAUUUGUUUCUACGCAGAAAUCAAUUUAUUCGUCCUUAUCUGGAGUCUGUGCUCAUGGCUUCCCAAUGGAAAUUCCGGAUAAGUACAGCAGCUUAGACAACUUCUCUUUACUUUCCGCGACAACUUUCACAUACGAUGGUUCCUCAUUAGAGAACGAUGCUGUUUUUGUCUGUCGUCCAAACUCUGAUAUCUUCUUGUUCCGGCCGAAGCGAAAAGUUUUAACAAACUUAUCUCUGCCAGCAAAAGUUCUAACACUAACUAUUGUGGAUUCACUGGGAAAUGUUUACAGCAGAGGAUCGGAUGGAGAGUGGAUAGAACAUGAUGAUUUGCCUCCCAGUGGUGUUAUUUCUUUUUGCAAGUCCGCUUUGGGGACUUGGUUGAUUACAAGCGAUGGUUCUAUUAGGAAUCGCGAGAACGAAGAGGGCUUCUGGACUACUCAUUCAAUUAACAUAGUCUCAGCCGAGGAACGGAAACCCAUUCAGAUCACCUGUUCCCCCAACGGCCGUUAUGUUUGGGUGUGCGAUGGGAUUUCGGCCUGGGCUAGAACAAACGUUGAUUCCUUGAAUCCUACUGGGAAACGGUGGUCGCAGACUCAUCAUACAAAGGGGAUUUCAUGUAUAGCCGCAGGUGACUUCGUUGUGUGGGCUUUAGAUGAGGAAUAUAAUCUUCUACGUUUACAAGGACUAGCAGCUGGUAACCCAGCAGGGAAUACAUGGAAACUUGUGAGCUCAAAUAUCAGAGCUAUUUCAAUAGAUUCGCACAACUGCUUAUGGGUUAUUAAUGGAGAAAAUAGAUUAGUUAGAUAUUUGUGUGCUGUAUUCCCAGAAAGGAAUUUGUAA